AUGUUGGUUAACGGUAUAGACUCCAUCGGUGUUAAUGAGUACGAUGGCGAUGAUGAUGAUGAUGAUGAUGAUGAUAGGUCGUCACUAGCUGUCACGAUCUUCCUCCUAUCAAUAAAUGACAUUGUUAAAACAAUAGAAACUCUUGUAAAUGCAAAUCUAUUCGCAGACGACCUAAACAUACUUUGCAGAAGCAGCAACCUAAAUACAGUACAACAAUUACUACAAAAUAGCGCAAAUAACAUAACAAAAUGGUUAAAUAAAACGGGCUUCAACAUCUCCAGCCAAAAAUCACAAAGCAUCAUAUUCACAAAAAAAAGAAAACAAGGUAAACUCCAGAUAAAAAUAGAUAACAACAUUAUACCAAACCAAAAUAAAAUAAAAAUUUUGGGAGUAAUUUUUGAUACCAAAUUAAACUGGAUCCCACAUUUAAAAUAUGUAAAAAACUCCAUCACAAAAAAACUCAACAUAAUAAAAAUUAUCUCACAUACAUCAUGGGGUGGUGAAACUUCUACACUAUUAAAAAUCUACAGAGCACUAAUCCGGUCUAAAACUGAUUACGGCUCAAUAAUAUUCAGGACAGCCAAUCCUAAACACCUAAAAAUGAUUGAUGUGCCUCUAAAUACUGGCAUAAGACUAGCAAUUGGAGCCUUCAAAUCCAGCCCAAUAGCGAGUCUAAGAAACAUUGCAAAUGAACCAUCCCCCGACAUAAGGAGAACACAAAACAAUAUACUCUAUGCAUCCCGAACAUUAAAAAAUGAGAACAACCCAGCAAUCAAAUACAUCGACAACACAAACAAAGAAGCAGAGAACCUACAAAUAAAUAUAAAACAAAUAGUACCAAGAGAACCACAAACCAUACCUCCUUGGCUAAUGCAAAUCAAUACAAACAUCGAAAUAACAGAAUAUAAAAAAAACAACACAAAUCCUAAUAUCUACAAAAAUCUUUUCCAAGAAAUAAUACAAAAAUACCCUGAUAGAAAACAUAUUUACACUGAUGCAUCUAAAACAACAGACAGCGUAGGGAUUGCAAUAGUAGCAGAAAAGACAAUCACAACUUACAAAUUACCCCCCGAAUGCUCAAUCUACACAGCUGAAGCACUGGAAAUAUAUAAUGCGACCUUGCACAUAAUACAAAAUAAAGAUACAACACCUAACAACUACCUCGUAAUCAGUGAUUCAUUUAGCAGCAUCACAGGAAUCCAAAACACAACACAUCCAUCUGACAUAUCCAAACUAAUACAAGAAAAAACACAUGAAGCAAGUGGUAUGGGGAUGGAUAUAUGCUAUAUGUGGGCUCCUGGACACUGCGGCAUACAAGGCAACGUAAAAGCAGACCUAGAAGCGUCAAAAGCUGUCUCCUCCCCAGACACCCCACUACUCAAUAUAUACACACAUGAAGACAAAAAAAAACAAAUCAAACAAGUCCUAAACCAAAAAUGGCUCAUACAAUGGAUAAACCAGCAUACAAAGUUAAACCAAAUAAAAAACAACAUACAGACAUGGAAAAACCCCGGACUCAACAGAAAAGAAUAUGGAAACCAUAUUAAAUCGUCUAAGAAUAGGCCACACUUUCAUCACACAUAG